AUGGCGGAAAAGGGUACCGGAAGCCAUUUCGAAGAUGUCGGCAUGCAAGAUGAAAAGAUUGCAGUCGAGCACUACGACAACAAUGGCCGUAUCGACCACGAGGUCGCAAAGUACGCCUCCGACAAGGCCAUCCACAUCGACGAGGCCACGGAAAAGCGUCUCAAGAAGCUGAUAGACAAGCGCGUUCUGACAAUCAUGAUCGUCACAUACUUCCUGCAGGCGCUUGACAAGGGGACAAUGUCGUUUGCCUCAAUCAUGGGAAUUCGGGAGGAUGCUGGGUUGCAGGGACAGAAGUACUCAUGGUUGACAACAUGUAUCUACUUGGCUGUGCUUACAGUCGAGUACCCGACAAACUGGAUCAUCCAGCGAGUCCCAAUUGCAAAGUAUCUCGGCUUCAACAUCAUUGUCUGGGGCGGUAUCCUCGCUUGCCACGCCGCCGGAAAGAACUUCACCGGAAUGGUCAUCCUACGAACACUCCUCGGAGCCUUCGAGGCCUGCUGUCAGCCCAUCUUCAUCAUGUUGUCCAGCAUGUGGUACCGCCGUGAAGAGCAAGCUGCCACCGUCACCUAUUGGUACAUGAUGAACGGCGGACAACAAAUCGUCGGCGGUCUCCUCGCCUACGCCUUCACCAACAUCCCCAAAACCGCCGCCAUCCACAGCUGGCAAGCGCUCUUCAUCGCAUACGGCUGCGCCUCCGCGCUCUGGGGCAUCUUCGUGCUCGUCUACAUGCCCGACUCGCCCAUGCGCGCAAAGUGCUUCACCGAGGACGACAAGAAGCUCAUGGUCGAGCGCGUGCGCCAGAACCAGACCGGUCUCCAGAACAAGGUCUUCCGCAAGGAGCAGGCCAUCGAGGCGCUCAAGGACCCGCAGACGUGGUGCUUCGCGCUCAUCCAGCUGCUCACCACGCUGCCGACGUCCGGGCUAGGCGCGUUCGCGAAUAUCAUCAUCCAGUCGUUCGACUUCACGGUGCUGCAGACACAGCUGUUGGCGAUGGUGCUGGGUUUCUUCAUCAUCUUUACGCUUUUGACGUCUUCGUGGCUGGCGAGGCGCACGUCGCAGAACAUCCUCGUCAUGUUCGGGUUUGUGCUGCCCUCCGUUGUCGGCACCAUUGUCCUGCUCAUUGUCAAGAACGACGGGAAGCUUGGUACCAAGGUUGGCCUGCUCAUCAGUUACUAUGUGUGUCUGUCCUUCUGGGCUUGCGCGACCCUCGGGCUCUCGCUCGUGAGCAGGAACGUGGCUGGACAGACGAAGAAGAGUAUUGUCGUUGGGACGAACUUUGUCGCCUGGGCGGUGGGUAACUCCAUUGGGCCGCAGGUGUUUUUGGCCUGGGAUGCCCCGAGGUAUCGCAUUGCGUUUGCGACACAUAUGGGAUGCUAUGCGGUGCUGCUGAGUACCCUGGUGUUCUUGAGAUGGCACUAUGUCAGGCAGAACAAGAUGAAGUUGGCCAAGCUCGCUGAGGGCCAGGCGGUUAAGGAUGAGGGCUUGACGCACAGUUUCGAUGAUUUGACGGAUAUGGAAAACGUCAACUUCCAAUACUGCUACUAA